GGUGAUCCUGGGGUUGGAAAGUGGGACAACGGAGAGAAGGCGUAAGGUGUUGUGCACGCGCCUCAGCAUCGGGAAUUUCGCGUUCUCAGGUUGAUGUCUUGACAAUGCGGAGUUUAUAGUGUGCUUCCAUCGCGUAGAAGCGGCACGCGCGUGGCGUGUGCCAGUACUCAGAAAAGGAAAGCCUCAGUCAAUGCAAAUUUGGGAAGCAGGGUGGAGGAAAUGGCAUUUCAGCUCUUUUCGCAGACGGAGCUGGGCGCUGCUGUUGCUGGUGGUGGUGACGCCUGACCAGGGAUGGGGCUUUAAUAUAGUAGCAUAUAUCUGCAAAAGCCGAAGAUGGUGAAUUCAAGUGUUUUAUCGUUAUGGCAAACGGAACCGGCAGCAUCAUGCUGAAAUGCGUGGUCGUCGGCGACGGCGCCGUUGGGAAAACUUGUCUGCUGAUGAGCUAUGCCAACGACGCCUUUCCCGAGGAAUAUGUGCCCACUGUCUUUGAUCAUUAUGCAGUCAGUGUGACGGUUGGGGGAAAACAAAACCUGUUGGGGCUGUAUGACACUGCGGGUCAGGAGGACUAUGAUCGCCUACGACCCCUCUCCUACCCCAUGACAGAUGUCUUCCUUAUUUGCUUCUCGGUGGUGAAUCCAGCCAGCUUCCAGAACAUAAGAGAGGAGUGGGUCCCUGAACUGCAGGAGUAUGCACCCAACGUCCCUUACCUGCUCAUUGGCACUCAGAUUGACCUGCGGGAUGACCCAAAGACUAUUGCCAAGCUGAACGAUAUAAAGGAGAAGCCCAUUGUGACAGAACAGGGCCAAAAGCUUGCAAAAGAGAUUGGUGCCUACUGUUAUGUUGAAUGCUCAGCACUGACACAGAAAGGCUUGAAGACGGUGUUCGAUGAGGCCAUUAUAGCCAUUCUGGCUCCUAAGAAAGGUGCACUCAAGCGAAGAUUGAGCCCACGCUGCAUUAACUGCUGCCUGAUCACAUGAGUGGGACCACCAACUCGGGGGGGCAUCCACGAGAUAGAUAUCAAGAACCCAUAACAACUGAUGGUGAUUCCUAAGACCAACUGAGAACAACCAACCAGAUUACAAUCUCUAAAACGUAGAAAAUGGAUAUUAUGAACAAUGGGUGCUAAUAGUCCAAGUUAUGGGGGGAUGACAAGUACAACUGACAAAAGGACACGUUCUUCAGGGACAAAUGACACAAGAACACUAGGACACUUGGCAACACGUGCCAUAUAAGGACAAAGGCGAGAGUUCAUAACUUAUUGAACACUCAAGCACACAGAAAAGAAAAUGAAAGAGCAGCAAAUGUCUGAGAAACCCUUCCUAAUGACUAAAAACAAUCUUGACU